AUGUCUAUCCUCCAAAAAAUAUACAGUAAUUAUAAAAAUGAAGAGAUCAAAAAAAAAAGUUGUGUCAUUGAUGACAAUCAUUCUUUUAAAUUAAAAAAUAAUUACAUAGAAAGUAAGGAUAGAUCUAUUAAUAAUUAUAAUCCUAAAAAUAUAUCCAAAAUAUUACACAGUGAUCCAGGUGAAACGUUUGAUAUUAUAGAAAAUGUAGAUUAUUUUGAAGAGGAGCAAGAAGACAAUGCAACACAAAAAUGGUUAAUUGAAUAUUCACCAAAUUAUUAUAUAUUUGAAAAUUCAAAUAUAGAAAAGAAAAAACAAGAAAAUAUAGAAGGAAUAAUAAAAGAAGAUAUAAAUAUAAUAAAUAACGAAUCUAUCAAUAAUUUAAAAAAGAACAAUGAAAAUAUUUAUCAAGAUAAUAAUCAAGGGAUUUCUAUAUCCAAAUUAUUUAUAACUUUAUUGUAUAAAAAGUAUUUUACAAAAAAACAAAAAUGUUAUUCUCUCCUAUUAAGGAUGAAGAAAAGGGGGGAAAAAAUGUAUGACAACGUGAAUAAAAAUCAAUAUAAAAAGUCAUUACAUUUUUUUUAUCAUUCAAAUGAUACACUUAAUAAAAUAAAUGAAAAGGAUGAAAAGAAUGACAAGGUGACAGGUGAUAUUUGUAAUGAAAAUAUAAAAGAAGAGAAUAAUCUCAUAAAUCAUCAAAAUAAUAAUGAUUAUUUUAAUAUUUAUGAAAAGAAAAUGGAUCAUUUUAAUACUAUAGUGGAAAAAAAAAGAAAAGAAAUGAAGAAAAAUAAAACAAAUCAUGAACAGAAUAAUGAGAAGUAUCAUAAGAAGAGUGACAAUAAUUAUCUUUUCAUUUUACCUAGACUUUUGUCGUAUUCCCAAUAUUAUAGGAAAAGAAAAAUUCUUAAAAAAAUCUACAAAUAUAUAAAAAUAUAUAAAAAUAAAAAAAAAAUUAAAUUAUCAAAAAAACAACGAAAUUGUAAUUUAUUUUCGCUUUUCCAAUUUAUGAAAGAAAGGAACAAGAAAAAAGAAAAAAAAAAAAAAAAUAUAUACAACAAUAAUAAAAUAAAAAAUAAUAAUAAUAAUAAAAUACAUGAUAAAUAUACAAAUCAAAAUAACAAUGCAGAUGAAAAACAAAAUGGUGUUAAUUUAAAUAUAUCACAUGAUAAUAUAAUUUCUGACAAACAGAUUGAUGAUAAUACGAAUUGUUUAGAAAAUUAUAUGCUUGAAAAUUUAUCCAUAGAUAAUUAUGAUUUGGAUUUUCAAUAUAUAAAAUCAAUAUUAAACAGUUGUAAUAUCAUAUUAAAUAAUAUAAACAAUAUAAAUACAUUAAAAGAAGAUAAUAGAAUUGAUAACAACGAUGUUGAUAAGGAUGUGCAAGAAAUGAGCAAUUCGUCCAAACAAAUUAAAAAUAACAAAAUUAUAGACCAUAUAAAAAAUGAUAAUAUAAAUGAUAAUAUAAAUGAUAAUAUAAAUGAUAAUUUUAUCACACAUAAAACAUGUAGAAACGUCACCAUAAAAUUAAAAAGAGAUAAAAAUAAUCCUAGACAACAUGUAUAUAUUAUUAAUAGAAAGGUUAAAUUAAAAAAAAAAAAAACGAUAAAUAUAAUAAAUAAAAUAAAGAAUUACAAUAAAACGGUUUAUACAAAUACAUAUAAAAUAAAUAAAAAUGCACCUAUCAAACCAUAUAAAAAUUACACCCAAAUUAAUGAUAAAUUUAUUACAUAUAUUAAUAAAUUUUAUAAUAAUAAUCAUAAAAAAAAAGGAAAAAAAAAAAUUGACCAUAUUUUACAACAUACAAACACAACACAUACACAACAUAUAAAAAAAUUUGCACAUAAAAAUUUAGAAUAUAUAAAUAUGGAAGAUAUGAAUAAAAGUCAUAAGAUGAUAAGUAUAAACACACAAGAUAAUAUAGAUAAUAAUUUAUUUGUUGAACAAAAUCAAGAUGAUACAUAUUCAAAUAAGGGCAAUCAAAAGGAAUAUAAAAGAAAUAAAGUAACAAAUUUUGAUAUUAAUCAAAAUAUGGAAUAUACAAAUAUUAAAUAUAAUAAUAAUAAUAAUAUAUAUACUAGUAAGGAUCAUAAUAAAGUUAAUCCAAUAAAAUUCUUUUUAAAAAAAAAAAAAAUUGUUGAUGUUAUAAAAAUAAAAAAGAAAAAAAAUAAAGUACACUUAGUAUACUUUUAUGCAAAGAAUAAUAUAAAAAUUGGUGAGUUUUAUAUAGAAGAGAAUAUAUUAAAACAAUAUUGUAAAUUAUUUAAAAAAUCUUUAAAUAAAAAGAAUAAUGUAAACACUGUUAUGAUUAAGAAGAAUCAUAUUAUAAAGAAAUAUGAAAAAAAAUGUUUAGAUAUUAUAAAGAAUAAAGAAAAUAUGAAUGAGUUUAUUGAUUCAUGUUUUACAUUAGAUAAGUUCUUUUGUCUAUUUUCUCUUAUAAAAAUAAAAAAUAAAAUACAAAUAUUUUUAAAAGAUAUAAAAAAUAUCAUAUUACAAAUAAAGAAACUUAUAAAUCAUAUAGAUAAAAAAUUAAAACAAAUUGAAAAUAUAAUUUAUCAGAUCGAAUAUAAAUUACUUAAUAUGAUAAAUAAUAAUAAAAAUAAAGAUUUAGAAAAAAAUAAAAAAACUUUCAUGAAUAUUUUUUUAAUAAUUACAAAUAUAUAUAGUGAUAUUUGUAAACAUAUAAAUGAUCAAAGUUAUAAUAUCUCUUCAAAUAUAAAAUGUAAUGAAGAAAUUAUAAAAAGUUAUCUUGUAUUUGUAAGAAGCUUCUAUAAAUAUAUUAUAAAGAGUGUUGUAAAUAUAGAAUAUUAUUACAAAAAGAUAAAAAACAUAAAUAUAAAUAAAAUCAAAGAUAAUAAUAUUAAUAAUAUAAAAAAAAAAUAUAAUAAUAUAAAUAAAAUCAAAGAUAAUAAUAAUAAUUGUAAUAAUAAUCUUAUUAAUAAUUAUCGUAAUGAUAAAUUUUAUGUUAACACAUCUUCUUCAUAUGAUAAUCAAAUAUGCCUCUUUUCUCAUAUACAUUCUAAACUUAUAGAGCAUUUAAAAAUACGUCUUAACAAAUUAUUAAUUUUUAAAAAAAUAUUAGAAGUUUAUUUAAUAGAAAUUACAAAUUUUGCUAAGUAUCAAAAGGAAUAUAAUAACAACAAAAUAAAUUUCUUCAUAAAUUCUGCAUGUCCAUAUGAAUUAUUAUUAUUUUCAUCCUUAAUAAAAUGUAAUGUUUUGUGUAAUAUGAGUAUAAGAAAUAUAUGUAAUAGUUUACAUAUACAAACAUUUCAGCAAUAUCUAUAUAUAUAUAAUAUAUUUCUAAGUAAUAAAAUUAAAUAUAAGAUAUUAAGCUGUAUUAAAGAGCUUGCACCAAGAAAUGAUAUGAUUGCUAAAUGUAGAGACAUAAUUUUAAAUAAUUUACAUAUAAAUAAAAAUAAUCAAAUGAAUAAAUUAAAAAUUAAUCAGGAAACAAAUUGGAAUUUUCUUAAUAUGCAACAAUUAAAUAAUAAAGAUAAAAAAAAAUUAUCAUAUAAUAAUCUUAAUAAUUAUUCUAAUAUAUUAUUAAAAGAAAAUUAUAACAAUAUAAAAGAUACUCAAAAAAACAACAAAACAAAAUAUAUAUGUAAACUAAAAAAUAUUAAAAAUAUAUUUAUAGGUAAAAAAAAUUCAUCUCUUUUAUCUAAUACUACAACAAAUAAUAAUACAUAUAUUUUUUCUAAAUUAAAUAAUAAUAAUAAUAAGGUUAUAAUAAAUUAUAAAAAUGCAUUAGACACUUUAAAAAAUAUAAGGAAAACAUUCUCAAUCAAUAGUAAUCCCACUAAAUAUAAUAUCCAAAAUGAGAUGAACAACUUAAAAAAUCUGACAACUAACAAUAAGAAAAAACAUAUCCAAAUGUGUCAGAAGGAAAUAAAUGAUGAUUAUAAAAAAAGCGAUCACAAAAUAAAUUCUAUUUUUAUGACACAAAGGAAUAAAAAAUAUAUAGUCAAGAAAAAAAUUGAUGCCUUACAAAAUCAAAUAAAAUCAUAUGAAUUAAAAGAUAAAAAAAAAAUAUAUAUAAAUGAUAAAGGGAAUGAUGUCAAUCAUAAUAUAUGCGAUGAUAAUAAGAUAGAGGAUACCAAUAAAUGUCAUAAUAAUAAUGAAAUGAAUAAGGAUAAAUAUAAUGAUAAUAUUAAUAAUAAUGAUAAUAUUAAUAAUAAUGAUAAUAAUAUUAAUAGUAAUAAUAAUAUUAAUAGUAAUAAUAAUACUUACAAUAAUGUUAAUACUUACAAUAAUGUUAAUACUUACAAUAAUGUUAAUACUUACAAUAAUGAUCAUCAUCGUCAUUAUGAAAGUGCAGAAUAUAAAGAAAAUAAAAGCAACAAUGAAAAAUCUCUUUGCAGUAAAGAUAACAAAAUAAUUCAAGAUAAUAUUAAAAAAAUUAAAGAACUUGAAAAGAAAUAUAAAAGCAUACAAGAGAAUAAAAAUAAAACAAAAUACAUAAAACAACAAAGAGAAUUAAAAUUAAAAACUAAUACUCGAAAUAAAAAUAUCAAAUUGUUACAAACUAAAAAAUUAAAAAAUUUACACAUUAAAAAUUAUAAAAAAAUUAGUAAAAAGAAUUUUAUAUCUAUAAUUAAUAAAGAUAAAAAAGGAUAUAAUACAAAAAUUAAAUUUAAAAUAAAUAAUCAAAAUUCCAAUCAUCCUAAAUAUAAUGAAGAACAAAAUAAAUUAAGUUAUAUUAAAAAUAAAAAAUGUGGUACUCAAUUAAUAAAUACAAAUAGAUUAUUACAACAUAAUAAUAUAUGUAAAAAUCAAAAGAUAGAGCACGAAAAAAAAAUUAUAUAUAAUAAUGAAAAAAAUAUAUUACCAUAUAAAUAUUCUAAUACUUCUUUAAUCAAAACUAAACAUAAUAAUAAUAAUAAUAAUAAUAAUAAUAAUAAUAAUAAUAUCUGUCAUAAUAAUAAUUAUCUGAAUAAUCAUUUUAUGAAUCUCUCAUCUCAAAAAAAUAUAGACUUAUCAUCAAAUAGUUGUGUUAAAUAUAAAUUAUCUGACUUUUCAAACAAAUAUAAAAACAACAUUUUUAAUCAAGAAAAAUGUUCUCUAAUUUCAAAGAAUAAAAAUAUACAUACACAUAAUAUAACAAAUAAUAAAUUCAACAAUAAUUAUAAUAAUAUACUAGAAUAUUAUAAAAAAUACAACCACAUACAUCACAGUGAUAAUUAUAUAUAUAAAGAAUAUGAAGAUAACAUAUUAUCGAACUCAUCAAAUAAUAUGGAAAGUAUAAAUAAUAAAAAAGGAACAAGGAUAAAAAAUAUCAAUCCUCAAAAUCAAUACUUUUUUUUUUAA